AUGGCAGAGGAAAACUGGUUACCGUUUGUGCUGGUGGAUGGAGAGAGGGAAAUACCAUUUAAAAUUUUGUCUCAUGAGAUGGAUACAGUUAAAAAAAAUCCAGAGUUGUUAAAUGAAUUGAUUAGUAAUCUGCCAGAUGGAAAAGUAAAUGAUCCAAUUUAUAUUGGUUUGGCAGCUUUGGAACCUAGCACAGCUUCUAUUCAUCUGACUAAUGGUAGUUCUGCCUCAGCUUCUAUUCAUCCUACCAGUGCAACUUCUUUAGCUUCAGUUCAUGAUACUAGUUAUAAUGUCUCAGUAAAACCAUCAUUCACUAGCUCAGCUUCAAUUCACCCUACCAGUGCUACUUCUACACCUGUACAUGCAUCUGUACCUAAAGCUUCUUUUUAUACUAGCGCUCCUGCCUCAGCAAAACCAUCAUCAUUCACUAGCUCAACUUCAAUUCACCCUACCAGUGCUACUUCUACACCUGUACAUGCAUCUGUACCUAAAGCUUCUUUUUAUACUAGUGCUCCUGCCUCACCAAAACCAUUAGCAAAACCAUCAUCAUUCACUUGCUCAUCUUCAGUUCACCCUACCAGUGCUACUUCUACACUACCUUCUGCAGCUUCAAUUUCUGCUACCACUUUGUCUACUCUUAAUUUUUGUAAACCUGCUUCUACCUGGAAUUAUUUUCAAUCAUCAGCCAGUUCUGAAUCAUAUACUCAUCCCCAUGCUAGUACUUCGGCAUGUCAUCCAUCUACAACCUCUACCACAACCAUUUGCUUGGAUUCAACUCUGCCUGCUGCUGCUUCAACUUCUGCUACCACCUUGUCUACACUCAAUUCUCCUGCACCUUCUACAUCUUACUCUGUUUCAUCUUUCAAUGAAGAAAGAUUAGAAUGGUCAGAAGGAAGCGAGGCAAGAGAGGUUAAUGAAAAUCAGGCUUUUAAUGAAGAAAAGCAGAAGAGCAUCCCUGCUCCUAACCCACCGAAAAAGAAGCGUUUGUUUGACGAGUAUAAACAAUGCCAGGCAGAAAACAAUGCGGAAAUUAUGAAUUUCCUAGUUAAAAUGCAUAAUAGUAACAAGAGUCUACUUGAAAAAUUAAUUGACAAACUAUAA